CUUGAGAACGGGAUCUUGCGCCUCGGACCAAAACAACACUUGCAAGAAAUCCACCCCCUUACCGCGGGGAAAAACAGAGAGAGGGAGACCUAAAUUUACCAUCACGCACCAUUACCCCCAAAAAGAAGGAGGGCAUGGCGCGCACGUCGCCGAAUAUCAUCGUCACAGGGACCCCUGGCGUGGGCAAGACAACCCACUGCGAGGUCCUGGCCGAGCGCACAGGGCUCAGGCACCUGUCCGUCAACCAAAUCGUCAAGGACCGGGAAUGCCACGAGGGUUGGGACGAGGAGUACCAGUCCUGGAUCGUCGAUGAGGAUAAGUUAUUAGACUCGAUUGAGGAGGAAGUCAAGCAGGGAGGUUGUAUAAUCGACUGGCACGCCUGCGACCUGUUCCCCAGGAGUUGGAUCGACCUCGUCGUCGUCCUCCGGACGGACUCGACCAUGCUGUACGACCGGCUUACCGCAAGGAAAUACCCCGAGGCGAAGCUGCAGGAGAACCUAGACUCUGAGAUCAUGGAGGUGCUGCUCCAGGAGGCGCGUGACGCCUAUGACGAGGAGAUAGUCGUCGAGCUGAUGAGCAACUCGUCCGACGAGGUAGAUGGCAAUGUAGACCGUAUCGAGGCGUGGUUGAGGCAGUGGAGGCAGGAUAAUGCGCCCGCGACUUGAGGGCAGGGUUCUUCAAAAAAGAAGAAAUAAAUGAACAAAUAAAUGAAUGAAUAAAAGCCUGUGAUACCCAGAUAUCUAUGAAACACACCUUGGGUCUCACCGAGGUGAGCCUCGUGUACAAACUACGGGGUUGUGAGUCAUGUUGGGAGCUGACCCAGGGUUUUGCUGGUUCGAUUGAAAGUCUAUGAGGAGCAUUGUAUGUAGAUGUAAAAUACAGCCAUCCAGCCAA